AUGAGUAUAAGCAAUAAAAAUGAAAAUAUCAAUGGGAAAGAACGAGAAUAUAGCCCCAUUGAAACUAUGGGAUUAAAAUGCAGGCAACUAAAAGAAAAACAAUUCGAACUCAGAAAUUCAUUACUGACAGAUCUGUUCGAGAAAAUACCCCAUAUAGAAACCAUUCAUCACAUAUUCGUGGCAACGUUGAUAUGUUUGUUCGUCAACACUGUCGUUCACGAUUAUUUUAUACAUAAUGAGAUCAAUCUGGGAAUGCAUCUAAUUUAUACCGGUUUCAGAAAUAUUCAUAUUGUUAUAUUCGUCUGGCUAGCAUUCUUAUCACUAACAUGUUUCUGCUAUUAUGCCUUCAAUAUGUGGGCGAAAGUAAGGGUUAAUUUUCCACCAAAAUCAUCAACAUACAGAAUGUGGGACGCUCUGUGGUUGCUUUCGGUAUUGGGCUACUAUGGGUUCUCUUUCAGAUUAGCAUCUUUUAUAGUUACCGCUUUCAAACUUCCACCAGCUUCAGCUGCAAUUGUUCUUCUUGAGCAGGUGAGAAUGUUGAUGAAGUUGCAUGCUUUCAUCCGUAUAAAUGCUGAACAAGUUGUAAAAUUCAAAGCACACAGUGAUAUGGACAUGCCAGAGCUCAAAUUUUCCAAAUUUGUGUAUUUUCUGUUCGCUCCAACAUUAAUAUACAGAAACGAAUACCCAAGAACGAAAGAGAUCCGAUGGAAAUUCGUUAUUUACAGAGCAUUAGAAAUAGCCGCAGUGAUAUUGUACCACAGCUUCAUAUUCCACAAGUUCUUCAUACCACCGUUUAAGGACUUCGGACUGAGGAAGUUCACCUGGAACGAAAUCAUCGUCGCAGUGUUCGAGAACUCGAUCCCAGGACUUUUAUUGAAAAUCUCCGGUUUCUACCUCAUUUUGCACUCGGUGCAAAAUCUCUUUGCUGAGCUACUGUGCUUUGGCGACAGAUUAUUCUACAAGGACUGGUGGACUAGCACUUCCUUCUCAGAUUAUUUCAGAACGUGGAACUUGCUGGUACAAGAUUGGCUCUAUACUUUUGUGUACAAAGAUAUCUUCGAGUUGAGCAACGGGAACAAGAUAUUGGCUAAAGUUGCUGUGUUCACUCUGUCAGCUUUGGUGCACGAAUGGGUACUGAUAUACAUGUUUGGUUUCUUCUUUCCGGCACUUUUCUUCAGUUUUUUGUUUGGUGCCUCGGUUUUGAGUUUUGUCAAAGUGCCGAAAACGACAGUUUUGAAUGUCCUUUUUUGGUAUCUGCUCAGCUUUGGGUCAGGUUUGUUAGUAAGCAUGUAUUCUUUGGAAUAUUUCGCUAGAAAUAACAUCAAGGAAAACACCGGAAUUGGUUCGCUGGGAGACUAUUUUUUGCCGAAGUUGCUAACUUGUGAUUGUAUAGUUUGA